AUGAGCAAUGAAAUUAAAGACCACAUCAACCAGUGCAGUGCUUGUAACGAUUACCAAGUUAAACAAGCUAGAGAGCCAUUGAUGAUGCAUGACAUCCCAGGCAGACCAUGGAUGAAAUUGGGAUUAGACCUCUUCACUAUAGCAGGAACUGAUUGUUUUGUCAUUGUAGAUUACUAUGCUGACUACUGGGAGGUAGACCAGCUGACUUCAACGCUGACAGGGGAGGGAAAUGUUGAGGAAAAUGGCAUAAACACAUUUGAGAGGAAGCAACCUGGUCACAUGAUUCUUUACUGGAAGCCAGGUGCUUUACGAGAAAUCAUGGCCAGAAUCUUCCAGCCCCUCACCCCCCCAAUGCAGGUCCCCCCAAGCGGGGCCGGCGAGCCAUUGAAAUCUCCGUUUACAUCGGUGGGACAGGAAGAUCCCACCGAUGCUGCUGAGUUCAGCUCUGGUCAGGAUGUAAUGGCAGGAACUACAGCACAGUAUCUGGAGUUGGGAUUUGCACCCAUGAUCUCCCAGCUCACAGACAAGUGGGCUACUCACUGUGUCACAGCUGUCAGCUUUGGAACCAAACUGCAAUGCGACCUGCCACAGAAUGGCGGGUCCUGCUGGACCGGAGCGAGUCUCGCUGCGUCCUCAUUGAGCCGGGGUCGGAGUUCUCCUUUGGAUGGGGAUAGAGGUGGAUUGGCCGACCUGGUGAAGGGCUCACGGUCUCUUUGCCUGAAUCUGGCUGGUGUCCCCGAUUACGAUUGCUGCCGGUCACUGAGAUGCUCACCGCAGAUCCGUGGAUUCCGGCAUAAGGUGUGGGCAGUCCCGCUGCAGCUGGCCUCGGGAAAAGAUACACUGCAAUGUGAGGGCUCGAGAGCCUGGCGACUAUUGUUAGUUAAAAGCAGUGAGAAUCCUAGGACGGCUGCAGCACGGGAGGAGGCCAUUCGGCCCGUCCUGUCCGUGCUAGCUCCCUGCAUGCGCGACUCGCCUGGGCGAGUAAAGCGAAUCCAUCGGAAAAGUCUGUUGGAGAUCACACUCUCAGGGAGAGAAUACCACUUGAUCCAAGAGAUGAGAAACUGGACAGAAGCUCGGGACUACUGUCAGAGUCGAUACACUGAUCUUGCCAGUGUACUGAGUCCAGAGGAAGGAGCGCUCAUUGCUAGCCUGUCAGAGCAAGAGGAAAGGACAUGGAUUGGACUUUAUAAUGACGAACGGUCCUCCGAUGGGUGGAAGUGGACGACAGGAGAGAAAUUCAGUUAUACUAACUGGACACUUUCGUAUCCACAGGAAUUGAGCACCACCUCUCCUGCCUGUGUUUCUAUAAGCAAAGAUCAAUGGUUGGGCAUGCAGUGCAGAGUCCCAUUGCCCUUCAUUUGUUACAGAGACAUGCAAAACCCUCCCCGUGCUGUUCCCGUGGAAACUAACAGGCCCCCUCAGCAAGCAAGCCGACAGCCAGAUGCAAAUUCUCAGGAAAGCAUAUCCGGGAGGAGUCUCAAGCCAAAUCGGCCUCAGCCCAUUACAAAUGGAGACAGGGUUUAUUUCCUAAUAGAGGAUGAAAAGACUUGGAGUAAAGCCUGGAGUCACUGUCGGAACCAUUACACCAACCUGGCCAGUGUGAGGAAUGCGCAGGAGGCCAAGAUUAUCUCCUCCCUGCCGCAUGAGCCCCACUGGAUCGGGCUGUACAACGAUGGGCUAUCUGGAUGGAUGUGGACCAACGGAGACAAAUACAGCUAUAAGAAGUGGGCCCUUUGGCACCCAUACAGCUUCAACAGUACCCUGCCUAUGUGCGGGUCCAUGCUUGACAGUGAGUGGCAUGAAGCAGACUGCGAUUUCCCAUUUGCCUUCGUUUGCUACAAAGAAUUGAAGCUAAACUCAGAAGUCAGACGUGCUUCAAAAUCAAGACCACCUGCAAGAACUGAACCUCCUCCUCCUGCCAAAGAGGUUGCAGACCAUCAAACCAACCUGAGUGUCGAUCUCAUCUCCAAGAGAACGUACCACAAGGUCCUCCUGGAAAAAACCUGGUCGGAUGCCCGCGAUUACUGCCUGGUCCACCACACAGAUCUGCUGAGCAUCCGGAGCAAGCAGGAGAGCUCGGCCACCAGCAGCCUCUUCGAGGAAAUCAAGCUGGGAUGGUGCGGCCUGUACAACAACCAGCAGUCAGCCAAUGGCUGGAAGUGGGUGAAUGGCGACCCUGUCAGCUACACAAAUUGGAAGUCAGGGAGCCCCUACCGCUUCAAGGUCAUGUCCUCAGCCUGUGUUUACGUCCAGGGUGGCAAAUGGAGCGACGCCCCCUGUCGCUUCUUGUUCCCCUUCGUUUGCUACACCGGUAAGGUGAUCAAGGCCAGGGGAGAGAAAUCGUGGGCCCUGGUUCUUUGCCUGGUUCCGGGUCCCUCUAUCCUCCCUCCCCUCACCGCCCUUUAACCCUCCCCCUCACAUCCUUCCAGUUCCCAGAAUUAGGAACCAUUGUCACAGUGGAGCUGAACUGCUUUAUGUAGGCUUAGCAAAAAUGUCUUGGCUUUUGUACUCUAUGGCUCCAUUUAUAAAGCUCAUUGAAAAUACAGGUUUCAAUAUGAUACACUUCA